AUGACAGUGCUGGACGCUCAUUUUGCCACGUCUACGAAUGUGCUCGUAGACCGUCACCGGUUCCGACAAAAGCGUCAGGCGCCUAAUGAGGCGUUCGAGGCCUGCGCAGCCAGUCUGCGGAAACUUGCUUCUUCCUGUGACUACGGUGACGGCUUCGACAACGUCAUUCGAGAUCAGCUCCUCGAUGGCACUACUUCUCGUCAAAUCCGAAAACGCCUGCUCUACGAAGGUUCUACCCUCACACUCCAGAGAACGCUCGAUAUUGGCAGACAUAUUGAACAAAUUCAACGGGAGAUUCACGAGUUUGGUGGUUACGCUUCUGUGCAGCGCGUGGCACCGAAGAAAACUGAGAAAUCUACUUCGACAAAACGAUGUGGCUACCGCUGCGGGUCACAAACUCACAGGGCAAACUACGACAAAUGCCCGGCGAAGAAUAAGCGUUGUCGCCGCUGCAAGAAGAUUGGCCACUUCGAAGCAGUCUGUAAGUCGAGCGAGAUGUCCAGUGUUCAAGCCGUCAAGGAUCCGAAUUCGGCGGAAGCUAACGUCGUCACAGUUCUGCAUAUCGGCGACGAUUACAGACGUGCACGGGAAACAUCAACGGAGGUGCUCAUCGGCAACGUUCCCAUUCGUUUUCUUGUGGAUACAGGGGCCACGGUUUCCCUGUUGAGCGAAGAAGACUACCGCAAGAACCUCUCUGGAAGGUAUCCUCUAAGUGCAAAGUCAGUCGUGGUGCAAAACUACACGAAGGAGGAAAUGCCAAGCGUCGGAUGUUUUCUGGUCGAUGUAACCUACAGAAACAAGGACGCCUGCGUCAUGUUCCACGUGACCAAGAGAGGAAUUUCGUUGCUGGGACUCGACGCCAUUCGUAACAUUCGUAUCAACAUUGAAGGAGAAACGCUCAGCUGUUGUCAGGCUGCUCCUUCACCGACGUCUACGUUGCUACCAUCGGGUCUAAGGGAGGAGUUAGGACAACUUUUUUUUCCAAAGAGCUCGGACUUGCUAAAGACUUCGUGCACCAAGUUCAGCGACGUACGCCGGUGCAGCCAGCUACGGCUAAACGUCGAAGACUUCCACCGUCUCUUCAGAAUCAAGUCUCCAAGGCAGACAAUCGCGUGGCUGAUGCCUUGUCACGGCUACCAGUGGAAGGUUAAUAGGUCAAGAGAAAGAGGAGAUAGUCUCCAUUGUUACAUCAUGUGUAAUCAAGGAACAGCUGCGAGAAGCAACCACAGCAGAUGCUAG